AUGGGGAUUAAGCAUGAGUACGUUGCACCAAUUACACCUCAGUACAACGGUGCUGUGGAGAGGAAGAAUAGAGUCAUUGUUGAAAUGGCUAGAGUAAUGCUAAAUAGCCAAAAUCUUGCUAAACACUUUUGGGCAAAGGCUGUAGAUACAGCCUGUUAUAUCUCCAAUAGAGUGUUUUUAAGGUCAGAUAGGGAGCAUUUAGAUAAAUUUGACUCUAAAAGUGACAUGGGAAUAUUUCCUGGAUAUUCUACUUCAAGCUAUGCCUAUAGAGUGUAUAAUUGUCGGACCAAAACUAUCAUUGAGUCCAUAAAUGUCAAUGUUGAUGAUUUUGCUGAAUCUACUGAGAUGACAUUAGAUGAGGAUGGUAUGUUUCCUUCUAGGCUAGAAGAUGAAUCUCCAAGUUUGGAUUAA